CCUCAUCACUCACAGCCUCCUUCUCCUCUUUACUGUAUGUCAGUGGGCAUGCGGUUGUUUGUGUCUAAACGCGCUGUCAUGUGAGAUGCGAGUAAGCUGGUUCUUCUGCACCUGGGACUUUGUUUCCAGUCUCCACGGGGGAGAAGGAGGAUCGCUGACACCCAGAUCCUAAGAAGCAGAACAGAGAUUUUGACUCUUUGGGGUUGUUAAUUGGGUGUCCAGAGCAAAACCUCUUCAGGUGUUUAGCAGAGGAGACAAAAAAGCACCAUGGGGUCCAGUUCCUCAUCCUUCCCCCCCAGAAACAUUUACCUGGAUGUUGAAGGGAAGGUGCAGAAGGUAGUUUUCAGUCGGCACUGUAGUCCGCGUGACAUCAAGGAACUUCUGUGUUCCUCAUCCAACCUUCCCAGGAACUCUGCCAUUAAGGUUGUAAAUCCAGAAGGUGCCAUGGUCUCUAUUGAUGCCACAAUGCCCACCAAUUCUCCAAAUUUUCUAUACAAAGUUGUCCCGCUAUCUACUGAUCAGCCAGGAGACAGGGAGGACAUGUUUCAGAGCGUGCUGUCUCAGGUGGCAGAGCAGUUCACCAGGGCCUUCCGCAUCAGUGAGCUGAAGUCUGAGGUCACCAACAGGUUGGCAGCGUUGGAAAAGAGAGUGGAAAUGGAGGGUUUGAAAGUAGUCGAAAUCGAAAAAUGUAAAAACGAUCUGAAGAAACUUCGAGAUGAGAUGACUUCAAGAGGCGGAAGUAGGGUAAGCUGUUCAUGCAAAUUCAAUUUCUCAGAAGAGGGGAAGAAGGUCACACCUAGAAGAGAUGUCCCCACUUACCCAAAGUACACACUUUCUCAGGAGACCAUUGAGGCACUGAAGAAGCCAACGUUUGAUGUUUGGCACUGGGAACAUAAUGAGAUGUUGAGUUGUCUGGAGUUUAUGUACCAUGACUUGGGAUUGGUGAAGGAAUUUAACAUGAACCCCAUCACACUCAAACGCUGGCUGCUGGCAAUACAGGAAAACUAUCGCAACAAUCCUUUCCACAACUUUCGUCACUGCUUCUGUGUUAGUCAGAUGAUGUACGGCAUGAUUCACCUUUGCAACCUGCAGGGGAAGCUGACCCUCACAGAUCUGGGAAUUUUAAUGACAACAGCGGUGUGUCAUGACUUGGACCACCCUGGCUACAACAACACAUACCAAAUCAACGCUCGCACAGAGCUGGCAGUGCGCUACAACGACAUCUCCCCGCUGGAGAACCAUCAUUGUGCUGUGGCCUUUCAGAUCCUUUCGCUUCCUGAGUGCAACAUCUUUGCAAAUGUUGAUCCAGAGGCAUUUAAAAAGAUUCGACAGGCUAUUAUCACCCUUAUUCUGGCCACUGACAUGGCCAGGCAUGGCGAGAUUCUUGAAGGCUUCAAGCAGAAACUGGACAACUUUGAUUUUAGCAACGAGGACCACGUAAUGUGUUUGCAGAAGGUGUUGAUCAAGUGCUGCGAUAUUUCCAACGAAGUGAGGCCAACUGAGGUUGCUGAGCCGUGGGUGGACUGUUUACUGGAGGAAUACUUCAUGCAGAGUGACAGGGAGAAGUCUGAGGGUCUUCCAGUAGCUCCCUUCAUGGACAGAGACAAAGUUACCAAACCCACAGCUCAGAUUGGAUUCAUCAAGUUUGUCCUCAUCCCCAUGUUUGAGACAGUCAUGAAGCUUUUCCCUCAGAUUGAAGAAAUCAUGGUUCAGCCUUUGAGAGACUCUCGAGACCAUUAUGAGGAGCUGAAGCAGCUUGAAGACUCACUGACAGAGGAGUCGUCUUUCAUGAGCCGAUUGAAGAAAGACUUGAAAAGUGAGUGAGGCCCCGGUGAAGACAUCCAGUGCUGCAUACUGAAGAUGACAGCUGAAGCAGGGGACUAAGAUAAAAGCGACACAGCUCUGCAGCAUGCUGAACUAAAUUUAGGCAAUGCAUCUCUUGAACUUUGACUUUGAUUUUUACAGCAGAUGAUGAAGGAAGGUGCUGACCUCCCGUGCAUAUUUAUGCCGUCAAAGCACUAGCCUCUAUAAAUUUGCAUUUUUAAAUUUUUUUUUUGGCAAAAGAGUCUAAGGGGAUCGCUUUCUCCAAACAGAAAGUAAUUUAUUUUAAUUUAUCAUGUGCUUUCACAAUAUAUGGAACAAGUUUUCUAGUUUACCAAAGUUUUAGCUGUUUAAAUAAGUAAAUAAAAUGGACCAGAGUGGCACAUUUUAAAUGAAAAUCUAGCAAUAAAGUUUCACUUGGUGUUACUGGUAUUAUUAAUGUUUUUCCCAAGAAUUAUACAAUGUCAUACUUUCAUCUUUUAAUUAAUUGUCCUUUUGCAUUUACUUUUUAGUGAAAUACAGUGCAUGAAGUGUGUUAUAAACAGUGCAAGUCGCCAAGCCCUGUAUAUGUCUGUUCAAUAUAAUGUAUAUAGGAGAUAUAAGAACACGUUCCAACUAUUUAGGAGCUCCUGUUGCACCAGAUGUUACACAGUAAAGAGCUACAACAGCAGCAUUUGUGUACACACUAAAUAUUCAUCUACUUAAAUUUUUAUUCUAAUUUAGUCAUUUCUGCUGCUGUUUGAGUUAAGGCCACAACUGCAUUUUUUUUUAUUGAUUGUUAAAACAAUUAGACUUAAGGUUUUAUAACUGUCACAAAUAUGUGAUUAUGGUGAAGGGCUCAGUUUUACCAUGACUACAGAAUUUUGCUUAAAACCUAGUACUGUACAGUGUUGGGUUGGUCCUGUAGAGAACAACACUCUGCUCUAAAAUGUAAUUCAGUUAAACUCAAUCCAACUCUGUAUACUAUCCUAGUUCAUAACAGACAUAAUCUCGAGUUUAAUCCAGUUAAUUUCAACAUUAUUAUAAAGUUAUGUCGAAUGCAAAUUUGAUCCAGUUUUAAUGCAGCGCAGUCAGUCAGCAGCUUUUACAAAAAAUGAGAAACCAGCCAAUCGCAUCCAAUCUUUACUCCGAUUUGCACUUUCAUCCUGAGAAAACACAGGGUGACUGUGGAGCCAAACUAAACUCUCCUUUAAUAGGAAAAAAACUCAAUAGCAGCAAUUUGCCUUAUCCAGUUUAAAACUAAACAGGCAGGAAAAUACAUGGAACAAAAAUAUGGGACCUGAAGCUACAAUUAAAACAAAAAUAGUCCCAACUGUUAAUGGAGAACAAACUGGAAAAAUCAAACUGAAAAGUGAAAAUUGGUCCUAAGCUAAGACAACCCAAACUUAGCUAAAACAUAGUUUGAGCCUCAGUCUUAAAAACAGACAGGGUGUCUGGCUCACAGAUAAAGCUUGGGAGUUGGCUCCACCAGAGAGCAGCCUGAUAACUUUGAGACCUGCCUCCCAUUUUAGAAGCUACAGGAACCACAAAUAAAAACUGCAGUCUAGGAGUGAAGGGCUGUGCUGGAAAUAAAAGGAACUAUGAAGUCGUUAAGAUAAGAUUGAGCCAGACUAUUUAUGGCUUUACAUCUAAAACAAAGUUUAAAUUUUAGAUAUCAUCAUGAGAAUUUUCUUCAGAUCAUUUGAAGUCUUUCAAGGUCAUUUUUUAGACCUCAUUAUGAUAAAGAGUUACAAUGGCCCAGCUACGGAUUGACAAAUACCCUAGUUUGAUGUUCUGUAUCACUUUCUGCUCCUACUUUUGGCUAUUUUCUGCAACUAAAGGUGGAAGAGGCAGGUCGGUGUCCUGAAACGUUUAGAUGUGUCCCUGGCACAACACACCAGAAUCAAAUGGCUCAUUUACAUUAUGCAGUCAAGUUCUCCACAGUCUAGCGAAUGACCUCAGUAUUUGACUCAGGUGUGCUGAAGCAGAAACACGACUAAAAGUUGCCGGUACACCCAGCCUCAAGAACCGGAUUCAAAUGCAAUGUUAAAGCAUAAACAAAACAUCUACUGUGAAUGGGAUUAAUUAAAAACCUUUCUCCAGAUAACCAAAAAUGUUCGACAUGGACUGUCACUUUGGUAAAUCUUUUGUUAUCAUUCCUAUUUUAAAGUACCCAGCCAUUUCUGCACAUCUCAUGUCUUCAGGAAGACGUUCGAGAGCCGAUGCGUGCCGAAACUAAACACUGCCUCACCUUGUUUAGUUCUUGUCGGUUUAAGAGAUGAUGUGAUAGGAUCCAUUUUUGAGGUAUUCCUCAGGACUCUGAUGAAGGCCAUUUGGAUGAGCUGCAUUGGUGGAAUUUUUUUUACCUGUAUAAACACUGUGACAGUAAUGUAACCUUCUCAAGGUAAUAGCAGGCACCAGUUUUUCUGUCUUGUUUUGACAGAAAAACACGACCUAUGCUUUGAUGUCCCACAUCUUUCCCUCUCUGAACACAUUCUCAGUCUACAACAGAAUACAACAACUUCAAAACAGUCAUAUACACAACUCAUGUGCUCUCGGUGAUUUAAAAGUUCAGGCAUAGCAUAAUAAGUUAUAGGAACAAGGUUAGUGGCUGGUUUUUAUAUCUGUGAUUGCUGCCUCGUGUAGCGCGUAGAAAACCUUCCACAUGUUCCCACCCCACCAUCAUUACCUGAUGUGUUUCAUUCAUCUGUUCUACGGCAAACGCCUGAUACACCUCCCAUGCGUCAAACUUAUCCCUACUUUUUCCCAAGAGACGACAACCCAAAGGUGUGCUUAUGGAAACCCACUCCACAGUCCACACCCACUUUUCCUGCCACAGUUUCCCUGUGGGCCACAUGGAUGGUGGUGGUUUUCCUAAAGGUACUUCACGCUGUUUUUAUGGAUGCCUUUUUAUGCAGCAUGUUGUAAAUUACUCUGCUAUUACUUUACCUUUAGGCUACAUCUGACAUCCACUAAAUGUGUGUAGUUCUGAUGAAAUUAUAUGACUACACACCGGCAAACAGCGCGGAUCAACAAUGUUUGUACUCUACUUUAGGUGGAAGGUUUGCCUGAAUUUUUUUAAUUUAUGUAGCAUGACUAAACUACAUUUGCAGCCCAUCAAUGUGCAAUCUAUUUUGAUUAAUGUGUUCAUUUGCCUGUCAGUUUGAGUGUUAUUCCGACUUACGCUGCUAAAGAGAUAAUCUUGAGGCAACAACAGAGAAAACAGUAGACCACAUGCUUCAGUGGCUGUUCAGAUGAAAGAGGAGAAAAGGCUUGUUUUGGACUUCAAUAAAGGUAAUUAGCCACCACCUUCACCACAUUGCAUGACAGAGUGUUGAGAUUUAUCAUGCAAGGAAUGCUGUAAUGUAAUCAAAUGAUGUUUUAUCUCAUCAUAUUACUGCCCUGUCUAUUGCAAUGCUACCUAUAAAUAAAAUGAGUCAUAUAUAA